AUGGAGAUGAAUAAUUCUCUUGCUAUGGCCAACCAAGUGGUAGACCGUGACUGCGAGCGUUGCAUCUGCCAAGACAACGGCGUCGUGUGUGUCACGCAACCGGACUGCAGACCAGCGCCGCCGGGCCGGCCCAUACUGUCCACAGUGUCCACACCGACCGCAGCAUUUCCGGUGGUCGUCGAGAACGUGACAGUGGACGGAGGGGGGAUCUGCGUUCCCGGUUGGUCCAGGUGGUUCAACACUCGAAAGCCGGACGAGUAUGGCGACGUGGAGUCGGUCGACGCCAUCAAGGAGACUGGCUUGCCGCUGUGCGACGAGCGCUUCCGCACCGAGGUCCAAUGCGAACCGCUCGACAGGAACGUUGUGUUCGAGGAAACGCAUCGCAUCACGUGCGACAUCCGAAACGGACUGGCGUGCAGGAAUGGCCCUGCGUACCAUGACACCCCGUGUCCCGACUACAUGGUGCGCUUCUACUGCGACUGCUUCAAGAACUGGGAGAGCACGCCUGUCACCGUAAGGAACCCGACAGUACCGACUAACCCGGCUACCCCGACCACUUCACCCAGCCCGACUACUCCGACUACUUCGACAAAUCCGACUGCCCAUACUACCCAGACUAGCCCAACUGUUCCGACUACCAUGACUACCCCGCCAGUCUCCACGAUCCCUACAGCCCCACCGGUGGUGCCAGGUGAAGACUUCACCCCACCAACUGACAUAAUCUACGACCAGACAACGAUUAGAUACAGCAAAGACGAGUGCACCAGGUUCGUGUACCUGGUAAACGGCCCUUUCCCGCUGCCGGACAGUAGCUACAAGGCUUCGAGCAGCGCCAGUCCGAGCUCGUCGCCCAGCCACUCGCGGCUCGGGUCCACCACCUCGUCUACGUCGCUCGGUGCGUGGAUACCGCGUCGCCAGGGGAUCGGCGAGUUCGUCGAGGUGGACCUCGGCAGACAGCGAGGCGUGUUCGGCAUUGCCUUGCAAGGGCGCGAUCGCUCUGACCAGUGGGUUUCUCGAUACCGGGUUCUGGUCAGUGCAGGCGGCACGAAGUACGCGUACGUGCAGAACUCCCGAGGCGAAAUACAGGAUUUCGUGGGCAACCACGAGCCCAGCGGAGUGUCGAGGCAGCUGUUCGACCGGCCAGUGAGAGCGCGCUUCGUCCGGAUCGAGCCGACCGAGUGGAGCCAAGUGAUCGCCCUCCGCUUCGACGUUCUCGGAUGCGCCGACGAAAGCGCGGAUCACAUCCCACCGGCAACACCGCCGUUCGUGCCCACUACGAGUGUUCCAGGUGAGAGCCUUGAAUUCCCGAUGCACAAUUUUCUUUCUUUACUUUGUUUUUGCAUGCGCGGUCGUGUGCGCGUGUGUAUUCGUGUGUUUUGCAUGUGUGUGUGCGCGACGUCUGACCGGACUAGCUGUGAAUGCGCUGCUUCCCGUUCUCCUCUUUGUUUGCCUCGGCCCAGAGACGGGAACACUGGUCGUUCGGAUGUGUCCGGAGAUACCGGAAAACCUGCGAUACUUCUGUCCCAUGUGCUCGGACGGGCGCCUCUGCGACGGCGCGAAUUGCGUCCCCUCGACUCACUGCUCGUGCUUCCAAGAUGGACAACUGUUUCAAGUAAACAGGGCAAUUAUGACGUCGAAAUGCGAGGUUUGCAUGUGCACUCUGAACGGCAUCUCCAAGUGCAGGAAGAGUCAAUGCAGCUGUCCAAAAAGUCUCCAGGAUACUUCUGGUUAAACUCUCUGGAGCAACACAAGUUACAAUAG